CAUCUGCAGUUCUUUGUUUCUACUAAAAAUAUAUAUAUAUAAAUGGCUGCUAGGCCCUUUAGGAUGUUUUAAAUUGGUGGAGAGGCUACUGAAACCUAGCCUUCCUUUUUGAGGUAGAAAGAAUAUUGGGAGGGGGGUUCUCAGAAACACAUUGUGCUGGGUUUGCACAUUUUACCCCAAAUGAAAAAUAAACUGCCAUAGAUAUCAUGAGCCAGAAAAUGCUGGAGUAACUCAGCGAGACAGGCAGCAUCACUGGAGAGAAUUAGCGAUUUGGGUGGCAAUCCCGAUACCAAAAAUUGUUAAUUCAGUUGAUAAAUCUUAUUUGUCCCGAAGAAGCACACAGAUAGAUCUGUGUCUAUCGCAGAUCGACAUCCUCUCUUCCCUGGUGGUGGAGGAAAUCAAUUGCAGUAAGUUGUAAUUUCAGCACACAAGGAGCAGAGAGUUGAGGACGAGCAGAUGGCCGAACAGUGUGUAGUAGAAAUGAUGGAAGAAUUGCACAGUCUCGACCCGAGGCGGCAGGAGCUGCUUGAAGCAAGGUUUACAGGGGUGGGAGUCACUAAAAUACCAGUAAAUGAGUCGUCCAACCAAAGCUUGUGUAGCUUGGGAUCGCUAAGUGACAAGGAAUCAGAGACACCAGAGAAGAAGCAAAAUGAGCAAAGAGCAAGGAAGAGAAAGGCAGAUCCUUACAAUGAUGCCAAUCAAGGCAAAAAUAACCCAAGGGGCCAUAAAAUUAGUGAUUACUUUGAGUUUGCUGGUGGGAAUGUCACGGGCACAAGUCCGGGACGAAGUGUGCCACCCGUAGCUCGUUCAUCACCGCAACAUUCCUUAUCGUAUUCAUCGCCUUCUGUUCAGCAUGGCAGCCCGUCGUCAGUGGGAUCGGCCAACAACGAGCAUUCCUGUAAUUCCCAAAAGAUCAUUAACGUACAACAUAAACAAUCUCAGACAGACUUCACGUUGGAAAAGCUCACUGCUUUGGAAAGCAACAAAAAUUCUGAUCUGGAAAAGAAGGAAGGCCGGAUCGAUGAUUUACUGCGGGCAAAUUGUGACUUAAGAAGACAAAUAGAUGAACAACAAAAAAUGCUCGAACGAUACAAAGAACGGUUAAAUAAAUGUGUGACAAUGAGUAAAAAGCUGCUAAUAGAAAAGUCUAAACAAGAAAAACUUGCAUGUCGAGACAAAAGUAUGCAGGACCGAUUGCGACUAGGACACUUCACUACAGUCCGGCAUGGAGCCUCCUUCACCGAGCAAUGGACAGAUGGUUAUGCGUUUCAGAAUCUUAUUAAACAGCAAGAGCGGAUAAAUACGCAGCGGGAGGAAAUUGAGCGACAGAGGAAGCUGCUAGCAAAACGAAAACCUGCAGCCAUGUGUCAGAUGCCACCUACAAAUAAUGAACAGAAACAGAGGAAAAAUAAAGCAAAUGGAGCAGAAAAUGAAACGUUAACUUUAGCAGAAUAUCAUGAACAGGAAGAAAUCUUCAAACUAAGAUUAGGACAUUUAAAAAAGGAAGAGGCAGAGAUACAGGCAGAGCUAGAGCGAUUAGAAAGAGUACGCAAUUUACACAUAAGGGAACUGAAAAGGAUACACAAUGAAGAUAAUUCACAAUUUAAAGAUCACCCCAUGUUAAACGACAGAUAUUUGCUAUUACACCUUUUGGGAAGAGGAGGUUUUAGUGAAGUGUACAAGGCAUUCGACUUACAAGAACAGAGAUACGUAGCAGUGAAAAUACACCAGUUAAAUAAAACCUGGAGGGAGGAAAAGAAGGAGAAUUACCACAAACAUGCCUGCAGAGAAUAUAGGAUUCACAAAGAAUUGGAUCACCCCAGAAUAGUCCGACUCUACGAUUACUUCUCAUUAGAUACAGACUCGUUUUGUACUGUGUUAGAAUACUGUGAAGGCAACGACCUAGAUUUCUACUUAAAACAGCACAAGUUGAUGUCUGAAAAGGAAGGCCGCUCCAUCAUCAUGCAAGUAGUCAAUGCUCUGAAAUAUCUGAAUGAGAUUAAGCCCCCCAUCAUCCACUAUGAUCUCAAGCCAGGUAACAUUCUGCUGGUGAACGGGACAGCAUGUGGAGAAAUAAAAAUCACAGAUUUUGGAUUAUCUAAAAUCAUGGAUGAUGACAGUUACAAUUCAGUAGAUGGAAUGGAGCUCACAUCACAGGGAGCAGGCACAUACUGGUAUUUGCCUCCUGAAUGCUUUGUGGUUGGGAAAGAGCCUCCUAAGAUAUCCAAUAAGGUAGAUGUUUGGUCAGUGGGAGUCAUCUUCUACCAAUGUCUGUAUGGACGCAAGCCAUUUGGUCACAACCAGUCACAACAGGAUAUUCUUCAGGAAAACACAAUUUUAAAAGCCACAGAGGUGCAGUUUCCUCAAAAGCCAGUGAACAGUGCAGAAGCAAAGGCAUUUAUCCGACGCUGUCUGGCAUAUCGUAAGGAGGAUCGGAUAGAUGUUCAGCUACUUGCCAGUGACCCAUACUUGAUGCCUCAUAUAAGGAAGUCGGUGUCCAGUACCAGUCCAGGUGUGGUUGCCUCAACAUCUGGAUCAUCAAAUAACAGCACUUCAAUCUGAGCAUGCAGACUAUCCAUGUGAUAGUACGUUGAAGAAAAGAAGUACAGAAUCCAUGCUGGUGAUGAUUUGUACCAGGUGUUUUCUCCGUAUGUCCACCUGUGGGGAAGAACGUCCUCGCGGAUUCUCCGAAGAGAGAGAGAUGGACAGAGACUGCGUUGCUCCAGGCGGAAAGCAAGGAGGCGAUGUCAGAGGCUAUGAAUCACGGACCAUGACUGAUGGCUGCUAACAAAAAGGACAAUGAUGAGAAUCUGCAUCCUGCUCCCAUGUCCCUUGGCAGUAGCACAACCUUGAACUGAAAGUAGCUUUGUGCUGGAAGAGAGUGAACAAGAUGGGGUUUACCUUUUUAAAUGUCCUUCCUCUCACACAAACUCCCACCCCUUCUCCCAUAUCUGCCCAUCAACUACCCAAUGCCCAAAUUGGUAAAGUGAAUUCAAGUUAAACAUAAAAAAAACACUGGUUAUUGGACUGCUCCAGUUUUUUAGCCUGCCUCUUGGUGGCAGUGGUGUUCUUUGAGUUUGUUACAAAUACAGUUCUAUUGGUCUUUAAAGAAAACAGACCUUUCCUCUUCUUCCCUUGCAGUACUGCGUGCGUGCACACACACACACACACACACACACACACACACACACACACACACACACACACACACACACACACACACACACACACACACACACACACACACACACACACACACACACACUUUAGAGGUCUGAUUUCUAUAGCUUUUUCUUGCACUGUUCCUGUAGUAUUUUAUUUUUUACCUGUGGAUUUUGACACAGACAACACUAAGUCUUUGAAAAAUCUGCUGCAAAAUAAGUAUUUUGAUGCUGUGCAGACAUCUGCUUUUUCGGUUGUUUUCCUUCAUCUUGGCAGUGUUUUAAUAUCCCUCUUGUUCAUUCAUGUCCUUCGCCAAAUUUUGCUUAACUUUCUUUCAAAGGAUGCAUGUGCAUUUUGGUUGCCAAUUUGUAUGGUACAUUCAGUAUUUGAGAGGAGCACAUUGUUGUGUUCAAAUGUCGGUUUCCACCUGAACUAUUUACAUUUUGGGGAGGGGAUAGUAACUGAGGAUUUUCAGCUGAGAAAAAACAGAUGUCUGACUUUUAACAAAACUAGUUGUAUUAUCUUUUUAAGUAGGAAGCCUUUCAGGGUUUGUUUGUUAAUGGUUCAAGAGGAGUGGAUUUAAAAAAAAUAAAAUGCUGAGCGAUCUAGCUUUGGACAACAAAUGUUGACAUGUUAAUUGGCAUGAUCCCAUGCUUUCCCACAAAUGCACUGGCUGGGUGUUAGUGACUAACUGACCAGUUAAGCUGGUAACUAACUACACAGCUCUGUGUUAUUGGUCAAUUCUUGCUGAGUAAAUUCUUACCCGAUCCUAACGCUGGGGCAGUGGUUAAAUGCAUUUAGUAUUCAUGAUAGUUUGACAAUAGACUUUCCUUAAUAUGAUACUCAAAUCUUUCUUUAUACUCUGACUUUGAGGGAAAAAAUGGAAAUUAAAAUGUGAAUACAGAAACAUAACUUGCAGCAUAGCAGUAAAAUGUGGCAACAGGUAGUCGGGUAUCAUGGAAUGUCACAGAAGGAGUACAUCGGGCAUGUAAUGUCUAUGCCGCCAUCCUUUAUUUGAGCAGUUUCUUUUUGUGAAGUGUACAGGCACAAUUACACAAAAAGUGUACAGGCAGCGCAUAAUUCAAAAACGCGUAAAUUAAACAUAUAUAUUUAAAACGAGCUUAAGUAUGAGCCCGUCAUUUCAAAAAUCACUUAAAUUCGAUUUUAAUAUUAAUUAAAACAAGUGCAUUAUUUAAAAAUUAAAAAAAUAAACAGGUAAAUUUGGAAGGUGCCUGUACUUUAUUUGAAGUAUAAAUACGAUCCGCGGUGCUGUAUAAUGUACACGACACCGUUUGUAGCAAGUGAGCCCAGGUUACAAAUAGAGGGCACUGCUAAUUAUCAGAUGUCAAUGGAUCUCAGCAGACAGAUAGUCCAGAUUGUCAGUAGACUUGGCACAAAGAUAUUUCAGCUAUCUAAUUUAACAGGUAAUCCCUUUAACAUGAGACCAGCUUUACCAAAUGAGAUGGGGACUACCCCAUCAUUGGCCUUUACAAACCCCUUGAGAUGAAUGAUGGAGAAAAGGUUCUGGACUUGCAGUUUAGGAAAUUCAAAACCCCAAUUCCACAUCCUUGCAUGAAAUAUUCCAUUAUUAACACAAUCUGAAAGUGGUGUUAAAUGAAAAGCUCCAAAUGCUGCUAAGUAUUUCGUUCAUCUUGGGUGUUUCAUUAACAAUUAGGUGAUAAUAAAAAUGAGGGAUUACAAAUACAUUAACAAUUCCAAUUUUUUGUGUAGGCUUUGAUCUUGCCUUCAUCAAAUUUGACAACUACAUCAAGUUUGUUUAUCCAAUCCUGCCCAGAACAUCCUAUCCUUGCACCUAAACGUUUCUCUACUGUCUGGGUGAAGGACAUAUAUUUGCAAAAUACACUAGAUCAUACUUUACCUGGUAGAAUCUGCUUCAAGAUACAGGUGCAGGCGAAAUGCAGUUUUUCGAAAACUCUACAGAUUAGCCAAGUAGCUUCUGUGAAAGGAUUUGGCAGCAAGUAAUAUUUCCUUCUAUUGAUCUGCCUUGAAAACAGAAUGUUAAUAUUACACAUUAUUGGAUAUUGGAACUGGUCAAUGCUGUUUAGUGAUUCAUCUCCUAUGCACUUUUCUCCAAAAAUAAUCAAUAAUUGCUUGUGUGUACUAGACUUAAGAUUCGCGGGAAAACAAGGUUUUGUCAUCUGAGGGCAUCUUCUCGACUUUAAGGUAUAUCUUGGAAUGGCAACCUAAUUGCUGUUGAAUUAUGGAAAAGUCUUUACUUAACCUAUAGAUUUGGGUUAAAUUAAUUUACAUCAAUUAAUAAAAUGUCCUCCUAUUUUUGUACCUCCUUGCCCCAAAACCUCUAGCAGCCUGUAGUACACAUGUUUUAGGAAACUAAAAUUCUAGUACUAUCUGAGUGCAUCCCUGUCCAAAUGUUGGUUGCUGGCCCCGCAGAGAUAUUGCUUGCACAAUAUCAAAGAUGAGGAGUGCAAUGGAAGCUAAAGUGUUCCGUACAAAGUAGCUGAGUCAAUCAUAAUGGAAAAUGUUGUCAGUAACUCGAAAAGCUGAACUCUGAUUUUGUGGCAGUCUUGUGUUGCAACCAUGUUUAGGUACUUGUUUGAAAAGGAAAUUGCAGUAGUUUUUUUUUGUUGAUCUGCAGUAACCAGCCCAUAUUUUACAACAGACUACGCGUCAUUAGGGAUUAACAACACCGGGGUUGUUGUGUGCGCUAUAUCUAUUGAAGGUUUGUUGCAAGUUCUCAUUUACCCAUGGGAUUCAAUUUGGUGACCUACUUUCAUUAUUUUAGAUAACUGACUAAAGUGCUCAGGAUUCUUUUUUUAUUAUUGACUGUCUGAAUUUCUACUCAAAGAAGCCAAACCAGUAGAAAUUGGAUUAAAUAAAUAUCAAAAAUAAUUGCAGAUGCCUGAAAGCUGAAAUAAAAACAAAAGUGCUGUAUACUUUCAGCGGUUCAGGCAGCAGCCUGCUAAAUGUUUUCAGUAUUUUCUGUUUUUAUUUCAAAUAUUAAUAUUAAUGUGGGUUAUAUUAAUAUUGUAAUCCUGAAGGAAAGACUGUGAAUAUCACUAGCAAGCAAGCAGAGGUCUACUUUGCACAUUGCACUGAGUUUGCAGUAGAUGGUGAUAUCCUUGAUGUAAUAACAACAUCAGGGAGCAGUAAUUUGUAACUGUAACCAUUAGUGCAAGAUUCAUGGGGCUGCAUUUUAAUUUCUCAAGUUUAGAAAUAGUUCUGUCUAUUGGGGAAGGGGUGUUGUAAGGAGGAUUAAUGAUAAGUCGUAUAUUGAACUCUUAUUGAAAGACCAAGAGCAAGUGCGGAAUCCCGAUACCUUGUCAAAAGAACAAGAGUGCAGCACAAUCUGGGUUACUUGGUUGUUUUAUCCAGUGCAUUGAUGAAUUGCUUGAAGAAAUUUGUUCUACCCUGUGAUCAUUAAUCCAAUGGAUAAUGCUGGGGUUUUGUCAGUAUGAAUAAUGAGCUUCAACAAUUUCUAACAAACGAUGUGGCUUUUUUCCUUCCAAAAGGAACGGCGCUGCAGACAUUAAUGUUAGGAAGAGAAAGUUGCCUCGGCAUAAAUCUGGCAGGGAAUGAUGUCUGUAUUAAACAUCUGCAACAUUUUUCCUGCACUGAACAAAAUUAAAUUGACAUUUUAACAAAACGAGCAACAGUUUUGGUCGUUGCAACUGAGAAUUGAUGCAUUGUCAGAAAUGGAAUGCAGCAUGAGUUUGCAGGUGUUCCUUUCUGAGGCUGGGGGAAGGAGGUGACUAUUACUUUGUGCAAUGGUAUGAGUGAGUUGGGGAAGAAGUGUCACGUGCAGUCAUUGAGAAAACUACACAUGUUAAAUGCAAAUAGGUUCACUGUACAGGACUGUUCUUAUGGUUUGACCAGUGAGUUCCGUCAGCUUUGGAGUGAAAUCAGAUAAAUCUUUGAAAGUGAUCGUUAGAACAGCAGCACCUUGAUAGGGUGAUUUAUAUAUUGCCUAAUGCAUAGGACCUCCCAAACAAUAAUGGUGCAUUAUCCAUUACAAACCAUGAAAUCUCUACUUGUUAAAGAUUAUAGGAAGUUGCUAUUCAGUGCAUUUCUGAAGUAGUGUAUAGUUGCUGCAGUUCAAACAUUUAAACAAAUCUUCAGAAAAAUAAAUUAUCUUUACCCUUUUUGAAUGUGCAAAUUGGAGCGCUUUUCCCCAAAGGGAGGAGAUUUCCACUGUAACAACAGUUCUGUUUAUUCAUGUGCCAAUAAAUAUCAAAAGUGUUCACUGUUCUUUCAAUUUCAUUGCAGCUUGAGAAAUCUUUUAACAGGUUAUAAAAGUUGAUCCAUGUCAUAUAUCAGUUGUGAUAUUUGGAUUUGCUACAUUCUGCGACAGCUCUGUAACAAACAAAAUUUGGGCAGGUUUCAGUCCCUCUCCAGGAAGUUGGAUCCGAUGGAUUUUUUUUUCCUCCUCAGAAAAAAAUGCUUUUACACAAAAACGAGGUGACUCCUUCCCCCCCCC